AUGGAGGCGUUGGUAUCGCAACCUGUUGCGACGACUGUCCUUUUGGCUACAGUUUUGGUAUCCUGCAUCUACAAUGUAUACCUCGUGAUAUAUCGUCUCUGGUUCUCGCCCCUGGCCAAAUUCCCCGGUCCUAAAUUUGCCGCCGCCUCGUUUUGGUAUGAAUUUUACUAUGACUAUUGGCUGGAUGGCAAGUACCUAUUCGAAGUCGAGAAAAUGCACAAAAAAUAUGGUCCCAUUGUUCGAGUGAAUCCGGAUGAGCUAUCUAUUCAUGAUCCAGACUUCUACAAUGAGAUAUAUGUCACAGAGAGCAAGCGGCGAACUGAGAGCUAUGAUGUGUUUUGCAAAGGCAUCGACUUUGAUGGCUCGCAUCUGCUCACAGCAGACCACGAUCUGCACAGGAAGAGGAGAAAGCCAAUGGAAAGUUUCUUUUCACGGAAAGGAAUUACUCAGCUCCAGCCAAUGCUUGCAGAAGUUGCCCUGCAUCUUGAGUCUCGCUUCAGAGAGCUAGAAGGUAAAAACGCGAUCAUUCGACUGGAUCAUGCUUUUUCUGCCUUUUCGGGGGACAUAAUUGGACGAAUAUGCCUUGGUACGGGCGAUAGAGGCUCUCACGGUGACCGGUUUCUUGAUGAUCCCGAUUUCGCUUCUGACUGGUUUAACAUUAUUCACGCAAUUGUGAGAUCUAUUCCGCUGUUUACGGGGUUUCCUCAACUCAUUCAAUUUUUGAGUCUCCUUCCUGAGAGUUUACUGCUAUGGAUUUAUCCAAAGGGGCAAAUGUUCAAUAUUUUCCGACAGCGAGCAUUGCAGCAAAUACGUCUUGCAAAUAGUGACCAAUCCAAGGAGGACAGUAAUGGGGUCUCUAUUUUCCGGCACAUUGCAAAUAGCGACAUGCCAGAAGAGGAGAGAACAGAAGAACGAUUAGCCAAAGAGGCACAGGUUCUUCUCGGAGGCGGCACUGCAAGCACAGCACGCACUAUUGGCUUUGCCUCCUACUACAUUCUAUCUAGGCCCGGGUUGAGAAGCAAGCUUGAAGCCGAGCUGAAGGAACCCAUGGCCAACUGGCCCGAAUCAGUUCCAUCCUGGGCGGAAUUGGAGCAGCUGCCGCUCUUACAGGCAAUCAUCAAGGAAUCCCUGAGGCUCAGCUAUGGCGUCAUGCAUCGCUUGCCCAGAGUAUUUCCCGACCAACCAAUCCAGUACAAAGAUUAUGUGAUACCUAUUGGGGUCCCCGUGGGAAUGUCUGCAUACUUCAUGCAUUCAGACCCUGAAGUAUAUCCAAAUCCGGGCGAGUUCAUACCCGAACGGUGGAUUCAUGAUGUGACACCGGCCAUGCAUCGGUCGUAUGUGCCGUUUUGUCGUGGAUCAAGAAAUUGUUUGGGAAUGAAUCUGGCUAUGGCGGAGAUGAGCCUUGUUUUGGCAGUUCUAUACCGCUCCAAUGGGCCAAAAUUAGAGCUUUACGAAACAGACGAGAGCGAUGUCAAACAAGCGCACGACUUCUUGAUCCCCCUCCCGAAACUUAGCACCAAGGGCGUGCGCGCCUUGAUUCGGUAAAACACGGGGACUAUGUAGUAUUUUGGGUGAUGAAGUGAUGGUAAAGACAGAGAUGGUGUGCCAUAAAUGAAACCAUGAUGAAGGAUGAUGCAAUGCCACUAUACCAAAGGGUGGGAUAAUCUUCAGCGAGGGCGUUCAGCUGUUCACCUUGCUCGUCUCAGUUUGGGGGUCAGGACUGGGAAAUCGGAAUCGAUGAGAUGUUCAACGAGGUAGAUGAGUGGAUAAAAAUCUCCCGACAGGGAAGACGUUCCUUUGCCUCC